AUGGAAGCGAAUUUUCCAUUCGCUCUGUUCACACAAACGUGCUGGACAGUCAAAUUUAAAAUUCUGAGAGGACACAGUGAUACUGUGAGUUCCUGCCAUUUUUGCUUUGAAGACACAAAAAUACUUUCAUGCUCUUAUGAUAAAACAGUGAAGCUCUGGGAUAUUGAGCAAGGUUUUCCUAUUCAAGUUUUUGAAGAAGAGCACACUGCCCCAAUUUCUGAGUGCAGCUUGACUCCUGAUGACAGAAGAGUGGUAACAUCUUCAUAUGAUAACACUGUCAAGGCUUGGGAUACGGAAACUGGAAAAAUACUUUGGACAGUAGAACAUGAAGGCAUUGUAACUUCAUGUGAUAUUUCUCGUGAUGGUAGAUAUGUGGUAUCCAGUUCAGACAGAGAAAGUACCAUACACAUUUUUGAUGCAGUAAGUGCAACACUAGUGGCACAUGUCCGAGGUCAUCACAAAAGUACAAUCACAAGAUGUUGUUUUGACCCUGGUUACCAAAGAGUGACUUCAGUAUCAUAUGAUAAGACCAUAAAGCUGUGGGAUAUGAUUACACAAUCCACCUCAGUUACAAUUCAUGAGGGACACAGCAAUGCUAUCUCAGAUUGCUGUUUUACCUCUGAUGGUCAUUAUUUGUGCACAGCAUCCUGGGACAAAACCUUAAAAAUAUGGGAUAUAAAGACAGGAAAAUUUGGGUGUCAUGAACCUGUUUCCUUGAAUCAAGGACAUGAAGGUUCUGUUAGUUCCUGCCUUUUUAGCCAAGAUGCAUCGCUUGUUGUGUCUGGUGGAUAUGACAAAACUGUAGCUGUAUGGGAUACAGAUGGAGGCUAUAAAAAGCUGAGCUUAAAGGGUCAUUGGGACUGGGUGACAGAUGUUGCCAUUACCAAAAACAAGAAAUGGGUUCUUUCAGCCUCAAAGGAUUCUUCUUUGAUACUGUGGAAUAUUGAAAAGAUAGAUAAUUUUCCUUCAGUGAUAGAAAUCAGAGAAGCAAGAAGCUCCAAAAUUACUCAGACACUUAGGUAUUUCCCUUUUGUAUUUGUACGGCUGGUGCCCAAACAAGCGCUUACGCGUGUGCGCAAUGCCGAGUCACGCACAGAGAAGUUCCUCUGGCAGAGCCGCAGCUGCGCCUUUGAACGCUGCCGGGGGCUGAGCUGGGUCCCGAGUCCCGCCGGCUUGGGAGGGCCGGUCCGCUGCUGGCGGUGCCGCGUUGCGGUGCCGGGACACCGAGGCAGAGGGCUGGGAACUGGACCGGUAGCCGAGCCGGUAGCGGAGCCGGUAGCCGGGCCGGGAGGCGGACGGGGACGGGAGGGUGGAUUGAGGCUGCUGGAAGCGCAGGCUGUCGGGUGGCGCCGUGGCUUAGUUGGUUAA